UUAAGAUAUCAAAAAAUAUAUACAUUUCCUCCGUCUAGAAAGUAUAUAAUAUAUAAAUGAUGAAUUGGUUCAAUAAUAUUUGUGCUGAAAGUCGCUUAAAGUUUUUGGCAAAUCAUGAAGAACCCAAAGUUCAGCGGGAGUCCAAAGGCGGUCUAAUGAGCGCAGAGGAGUGCUAUAGCUUCAUAAGGAAAAAUAUAAGGCCUAAAAGUGCUAUUCAAGAGGAAGUAUUUUGGAAAAUACCCAUCCUUCUUGUCUGCUUGGGCUGCAUUAUAGUCAUAUUAAUGGCAUUCUGCUUCGCAUUUCAGUGCCUGGUAACGAGGGCUAAGGCAGCCAGAUUGCCUAAGCAACUCAACUUUGACAUCUGCAAAGUCGAAAGUUCAAAGAACCAUCCAGCAAUCCACAAGGCAAGCCAAAGCGAACAGCCAACCUAUGGAGAUGGAAUGUGUUGUACUUGUAUGAGGUGAAAAAGAAUAUUAAACAUAUAUAUACUUAUUUAAUGGGAAAUAAAUACUAUUGUUGCCUAGA